CUCAAUAUUAUGAAUUAUACAUUUAAUUUUUCAACUACCCUUGUAUCAAGUGUCUCAAGACAUAGAACAACCUUGCUUAUAAAUAGCCCUACCUUAGCUUACACCCUUUGUCCCUUAACCCCCUUCCAAUUCAAUACUAGUAAUACACUAAUACUACCCUUCUAAGUUCUAACCACCCCAAAUUUACCAUGGGAAGCCUUGACCCAAACCUCACAAACACCUCCUCCCCCUCGAACCCAAUCGAGUUCAAACCCUUAGACCAUGAAGAAUUCCGAAAACAAGCCCAUCAAAUGGUAGAUUAUAUUGCAGACUACUACAAAAAUAUUGAAAAUUUUCCCGUUUUAAGCCAAGUGCAACCUGGCUACUUGCUAUCAUCCUUGCCUCAAACGGCUCCAGCUAGGCCAGAGCCGUUUGAGGUCAUCCUAGGGGAUGUUAGCAAGUACAUUUUCCCAGGUAUGACACAUUGGCUUCACCCCAAAUUUUUUGCAUUCUUUCCUGCAACCAUUAGCUCGGCUGCUUUCGUAGGUGACAUGCUUUGUAACGCUUUUAAUAGCGUUGGGUUUAACUGGCUCGCUUCCCCGGCCUCUACGGAGUUAGAGAUGGUUGUCAUGGAUUGGCUUGCUUCCAUGCUUAAGCUCCCUACCUCCUUCAUGUUCUCUGGGACGGGAGGAGGUGUGAUACAUGGAACAACAAGCGAGGCCAUACUCUGCACACUCGUAGCAGCAAGAAACCGAGCAAUGGCGGCGACUAACGUCGAUAAUCCAGUAUCGAAACUAGUAGUCUAUGCUUCCGAUCAAACACAUUCUACCUUUGCUAAGGCGUGCAAGAUGAUCGGCAUACCACCUAAGAAUAUUAGGUUAAUUCCUACAACGGUCGAUUCGAAAUUUGCAUUGCCACCCUGUCACUUUCGUAAGUGCAUUAAAGCUGAUGUGGCAGCUGGCUUGGUCCCACUUUAUUUAUGUGUUACUGUGGGGACCACUUCAACAGCCGCCAUUGAUCCAUUGGAAGAACUCCUCGAUAUUGCAGGUGAUUAUGACAUUUGGGUCCAUGUUGAUGCUGCUUAUGCUGGAAGUGCUUGUAUAUGCCCUGAGUUUAGGUACCAUUUAAAUGGGGUUGACCGAGUUGACUCCCUAAGUAUUGCACCUCACAAAUGGUUGCUAACCUACUUGGAUUGUUGUUGCUUGUGGAUGAAAAACCCGAGUUUGGUGGUUAAAGCCCUCGGUACUAACCCGGAGUACUUGAAGAAUGAACCUAGUGAAUCCAAUUCGGUAGUGGACUAUAAGGAUUGGCAAAUUGGUACGGGUCGACGGUUCAAGUCGCUCCGUUUAUGGUUCGUGCUACGGACCUAUGGGAUUACGAACCUUCAAAAUCAUAUUCGGUCUGACAUUGGCAUGGCUCGGUAUUUCGAGAGUUUAGUAAGAUCUGAUCCUCGGUUUGAGAUUGUAGCGCCUCCAAAUUUUGCGCUAGUUUGUUUCCGGUUUAACCCGACAAGUGAGUUCAAAUCAAUUAAAAUUGAGUCUCUAAAUAGGGAGUUACUUGACCGUAUCAACUCAACCGGUCAAGUUUACAUGACUCAUACCAUUGCUAGUGGGGUCUACAUGUUGAGGUUUGCAGUGGGGACCACACUCACAGAGAAACGUCAUGUGGUUGCAGCUUGGAAGGUAAUUGAGAAAGAAGCUCAAGUGAUAUCAACAACAUUGAAAUUAAACACAUGAAAUUGAAAUUAAGGUUCAACCAGAUUCAAAUCUUGCUUGCAUUAUUAUGCAAUCUUUUUAUUUAUAAUCAAGGGUUGGUUGAUCUAAGAAUAAAGUUGGAAUGUAUACAUGCAUUUCAUUCCAACUAGCGUGUAGCCCAGAUGUUACACCGGAUUGUUAAACUAUUUUUAUUACACCUUGUGAUAUAUGUACUUAAUAUUUAUAGUG